CGCAUCAUCACUUCAACCGAUCAGCGGCUCAUUCGGUUCAUGCAUUGUGGUGGUCUGUACAGCGAGCCAAAAGGGGGUUUACCCAGACAGACAGACAGACAGGCAGACGCGCGCGCAAUAUCACAGCAGCCUCAUGUGUACACAGCCCCCGUGUUUGACACAUCCCUUAGCCAACACCACACAAGACCAUCCAUCCAAAAACACAGCCAUCCAUCCAUCCAUACCCGUCAGCCGGUUAGACAGAUCACACACUUGGACAGACACACACGUGCAUGCGUAAUUAGACACACGCCUUGGAGAGCACACCAUCCAUCCACUCGGGCGGGCAGGUAGGCAGGUCAGGCAAGGCAGGCAGUGCGUGUGUGAAUUGCAAACAGAACGUUCCUCGUGCGCAUGGCAUGCGUCAGCUGCCUUCAGGACUAAGGGCAAAAUACAUAUGCAUCCAUCCAUCCAUUCGCUGAGGGUGUUUCCGUAGACAGGCGAUCACUCACUCACUCACUCCGGUGCGUGCCACACCACCGGACCAAACAGACCCCCGCCCAGCCAGCCAUACUCCAUGGAUGAAAAGAAAGGCAAAAGAGAGCAACGCAUGCACUACGGUCUCUGUGUGGUGUGUGGCGAUGGUCGUGUGGUGUCUAGUGGGUGUGGUGGGCUUAGAAGUGGACCCGUCCGGCGAAGACGGUCCCCAACUCGGCAGAGGCGUCGCGGAGGAUGAUGCCGCCCACCACAAUGGCGAUGCACACACAGCCACCGUGUCACACACGCGAAUCAUGGCCCCCAGGACGCCUCCUCGGCACCGUCGUCGUCGUCCGUCACGCCACCAGCACCUGCAUCGCCGCCCUCACCACCAGCAUCAGCACCUGCAUCGCCUCCAUCCCCCUCGCCGUCAGUACCCUCCUCAGCGCUAAAAACACACCCAAAGACAGAGGGAAAGCAUUGCGAUGGAUGAUGGAGGGCGAUGCAUUCCGACCCCGCGUUGCCGUAGGCCAUGGGAGGCAGGCACACGUUGACCGUCGACAGCACAUCAUCAAAAUCCUCAUGGUCGCCGAGAAGGAAUGCAAUCUGUGCCAUUUUUGCUCUCUUCCAAGUUCCCCC